AUGGCGCAGCUCGGACGGUGCGAGCGCAGACUCAGCGAGGGCGGCUCGGUUCGGACACGCAGCGGGUCGGGACGGGACGGGCCGGACACACUCACGGCCCCGCUCUCUCCGGCAACUAGCGCGCUGAGCGUAGCUCGUGCUCGGCGAUCAGCAACGGCCGCUGGGCCCCGGCGUUCCUGCGAGCGAUUCCGUCUAACGGCGUUGACUGCAGCUCUCCGUACACAAGGUAUGUUACCAAGUGAAAGAAGGGAGCAUUUGCAAGAUGGAGCGUGGGCAUUUACUGCUUCUGAUCCAGAGAGGGCCACUGCUUUUGAAAUGGCGGGUCUGAAGAUUAUGAAGAAAGCCAAGCAUUACAGCAGAAACCUGCACCAACAAGUUUCAAAGCAAGUGAUAAGCAUGGGAAGUGUAACAGGCGAAUACUCAGAUCACAACAACCUGCUCUCUCCUCAUGAAAACCAUUCCAGCUUCCGGAAUGCAGGCGAUUGUCACCAUAUUGAUUAUCGACUAUUGAAACGAGACUAUCACCACAGGGUGUUUGUGAACAGGAGCCUGGCACUCGAGAAGAUUAAAUGUUUUGGAUUCGACAUGGACUACACCUUGGCAGUGUACAGAUCUCCGGAGUAUGAAGAGCUGGCUUUUCAGCUGAUGGUAAAUCACCUGGUAUCCAUCGGAUAUCCCCAGGAAUUGCUUCUCUACACCUAUGAUCCUACCUUCCCCACCAGAGGACUUGUGUUUGAUACGCUACUUGGGAACCUUCUGAAAGUGGACUCUAAUGGAAACAUCUUAGUGUGUGCUCACGGAUUCAGUUUCCUCAAGGGGUCAGAGAUUCUUGAGCAAUACUCCAACAAGUUUAUCCAAAGAGAUGACACAGAACGGUUUUACAUCCUUAACACUCUUUUUAACCUUACUGAAACCUACCUGUAUGCCUGUCUCGUGGAUUUCUUCAUCAAUUGCUCAGAAUACAGCAGAUGUCAAGCAGGCUUUAAAAGUGGCGACCUCUUCAUGUCAUUCCGGAACAUGUUUCAGGAUGUGCGCGAUACAAUGGAUUUCGUGCAUAAUUCAGGGAUAUUAAAGAAGAAAACACUGGGAAACCUGGAAAAAUACGUGCUCAGGGACCCUCGGUUACCCCUGCUCCUCAGUCGAAUGAAAGAAGCUGGAAAGGUUUUCCUUGCCACCAACAGCGAUUACCCCUACACAGAUGCAAUAAUGAACUUCUUGUUUGACCUCCCACCUGGAUUGAAGCCUGGUACUUCACACCAUUCCUGGCAUUCCUACUUUGACUUGAUUGUGGUUGACACACGAAAGCCAUUCUUCUUCGGAGAAGGGACGGUCAUCAGACAGGUGGACAAUGAAUCGGGCAAGCUUCGCAUUGGCGCAUACACCGGCCCCUUGCAACAUGGUGUUGUCUAUUCUGGAGGAUCUUCUGACAUGAUCUGUGACUUGCUGGGGGUGAAGGGUAAAGAAAUACUUUACAUUGGAGAUCACAUCUUUGGAGACAUCCUCAAAUCGAAGAAGCGCCAGGGGUGGAGGACCUUCCUGGUCGUGCCUGAGCUGGCACGUGAGCUGCAGGUCUGGACCGAGAAGAGUGCACUUUUUGAAGAACUUUAUAAUCUCGAUAUAUUUUUGGCUGAACUUUACAAGCAUCUCGACAGCAGCAGCAACGAACGGCCUGAUAUCACCUCAGUUCGCAAACGGAUUAAGGUGGUGACGCAUGAGAUGGACAUGUGCUAUGGGAAGAUGGGAAGUCUGUUACGUUGUGGCUCCAGACAAACCCUUUUUGCCAGUCAGUUGAUACGCUACGCCGACCUGUAUGCUGUCUCGUGCAUAAACCUGUUAUAUUAUCCAUUCAGCUACUUGUUCCGAGCACCUCCUGUACUGAUGCCCCAUGAAUCAACAGUUGAACAAAUCCCUCUGGAUUUCUGUGAUAUGGAUGUUUUCUUGGAGAAACAACAGAACCAUAUUCAACCAACCAACGGGACCCAUCAGGGUUCUUGUAACAGCUCUGAUGAAAGCAUCGAGGAGGAAGAGAAGUAAGAAGAUUCUGUUUCGUGAUGGUGUUGAUUCAUUAGCUUUAGGAAAGAUUCCCUGAUUUCCAAAAGUAAAACAUGUGAAGUGAGCUGGCGGGAUGUUGGUGAUCCAACGGGAACAUUGAUCCUCAGCGUUUGUUUACAGCCGGUUAUCCUGGUAGUUUUCUCAUUACAACCAGCGAGUCAGAUUGACCAAAGUAUUGUUCGACAAGCUGGUGCACUGGCCAUUAUACCAGAGACCUUUAGCAUUUCAAGAACAUGUUUACUGUAACAUUAUAAUCAGCAUAGGGUGACAAUUAUUCAGCAACUCGAUCUGUUCUCACACUGUAUUAGUCAACCUUCACAAAGUGCACUGAUGUUAUGAUGAAUUUCCAGCACAUGUAUCCCAUGCGAUUUAACGAUCUUGCCUCCAAAGUGGAUGUUGCAUCAUCCUCCACCUCACUAACUGUAGGGAAGGGUGAGCAGACGUAAGGUUGCAGGGAGCUCCGAUUUGGGGUAAUAUGGAUUUAGGAAGAAAUGCAGCAUGGAAACCUGUUCAAGUGUAAAACCUUCAAAGCACAUUACAAGCCCUUCGACCGACCAUCAUGCAACCAUUUACAUCAAUGCUGCACUCAGACCAUUCUCCCCACAUUCUCAUCAACUGCCCCCAGCUACUGCCCCUCACCUACACACCAUGAUCAGUUUCACGUUGCCCAUUAGCCCACCAUCUCACAUUUCUUUGGUAUGUGGGAGAGCUGAGCACCUGGAGAAAACCUGUGCAGUCAUCACAGUGACAACGUGCAAACUCCACACAGUCAGCCCUGAAGGCGAGGAUUGAACCUGGGGCGUUGGCGCUGUGAGGCAGCGGUUUUACCAGCUGUGGCACGGUGCCGCCCUUAUAUUUCUCACGGAUACGUAUAAUCUGAUGUAGUUGAAUAACAGAGAAUGUGGGAAACACUCACAGGUUAGGCAGCAUCUCUGGAGCAAGAAGCAGGGUAUGUUUCAGGUUUUUGAUGACCUCCCUGUUCUCUCACCUAACCUGCUGAGUAUUUCCAGCAUUUUACUUUUGUUUUACAAUAUUAGAAACAUCCAUGGCAGUUAUUGCAGUGGGGCUCCAAGAAUUGAUUCCUUUCCAGAUAUCCCUCUAAGCAUUAACUACACAGAUACCCAGAGACCUGUGCAGCAGUUUGACAUAGAAUGUGAAACAAAGAACAGUACAGCAUUAGAAUAGGCCCUUCGGCCCACAAUAUCUGUGCCGAACACGAUGCCAAGACCAUGGCUUAUCUGCCUGCACAUGAUCCAUGUCCCUCUAUUCUCUAUGUAUCUAAAGCCCCCUUGGCCGAUAGAUUAGUGAGUGAAUAUGUCACACUCCUUCAAUGUCAACCCUUGUUGCCAGCAUAGUCCAUUCAUUCCUGUACCUCCUCCGCAGUUUCACACUUCUCAUGUUACGUUCCAACAGUUUCCUGCUCUCACUGCUCUCUACCCCAACAAAACCCUUCAGCUUUGCAGCCCACCGGGAUAUCUGAGCUACCCUGACUUAGUUUCUCAUGUAUCCCUCAUUGUAAUCUCUUCAUCAUUGUGGUUACACUGGCAGCCCCUCUCUAUACCAUUCCUUUCCUGAAUCUACUUCCUCGACAAGCUCUUGGUCACCUGCCCUGGUAUCCCCAUCAGGACUUAGGGACAUUUUACCCUUUUAAAGUGCUGUGCAAGUAAUGGUUGUAACUUUAAUGAAUUCUAGGAUUUAAACAAUAAAUUUAAUGUGAAGUGUAAGAAGGAACUGCAGAUGCUGGUUUAAACCGAAGAUAGACACAAAAAACUGGAGUAACUCAGCGGGUCAGGCAGCAUCUCUGGAGAGAACUUUGUGUGUGUGUGUGUAUAUACAAAUAUGUGUGUCUAUUCAUACAUACACACAAUAAUAUAUACACACGCAUACUGUAUAUACACACAUUCCUCCCCAGAGAUGCUGCCUGUCCUGCUGAGUUACUCCAGCUUUUAGAAACAUAGAAAAUAGGUGCAGGAGUAGGCCAUUCGGCCCUUCGAGCCUGCACCGCCAUUUAAUAUGAUCAUGGCUGAUCAUCCAACUCAGUAUCCCGUACCUGCCUUCUCUCCAUACCCCCUGAUCCCCUUAGUCACAAGGGCCACAUCUAACUCCCUCUUAAAUAUAGCCAAUGAACUGGCCUCAACUACCUUCUGUGGCAGAGAAUUCUACAGAUUCACCACUCCCUGUGUAAAAAAUGAUUUUCUCAUCUCGGUCCUAAAAGACUUCCCCCUUAUCCUUAAACUGUGAGCCCUUGUUCUGGACUUCCCCAACAUCGGGAACAAUCUUCCUGCAUCUAGCCUGUCCAACCCCUGAACAAUUUUGUAAGUGUUUUUGUGUCUAUCUUCUUAUAUUUAAUGUAAAAAAUCACUAUGCCAGUAAUAUCUAGUCCUAAAUAUCUCACCUGCUCAGGACACCAAUUCUGAGGAGACUUUUUGCUGACAGAAACAGGGUGGGAUGAGUUUUAAUGUCACAAUGUGUUUGUACAGUAAGCAUUGGUUUCCAUGGUUUCUUUUGAAGAGUUGUAAGACUGAUCACACUAUUUGGUAACAUAAAUUUCAAGCAUUUUCUAUUUUUAUUAAAGAUUAUUGUGCUUUUGAUUGUUUGUAACUGCUGAUAUUUCAUUAUGUUCUACAGUAUAUAGAAAGAUCAUUUUUCAAUUAUAAAAAUAAAAAUCUCACGCU